UCUAUGGCUCGCUCAAUAAAAUUCACAAAAUUAAUCCCUCAUUUGAUUUACUUAAGCGUAAUGAGUUAUUUCAUUAGUCGUUUCCCUAGAAAACAUUAUACUUAUAGAAAUAUCACAAGAUUUCGACACGACAUGAAGCAUAUCCUAUUAUGGACAGACGUACCAGGAUUCGAUGAAGAAGGGCAGAAUGUAUUUUUAAAGAGAAAAUGUGCAAUAAAAAAUUGUUACGCGAGUAGGAACAGGACCUUGUUCGGUGAUCUGAGAUAUUUUGAUGCGGUUCUGUUCGACGCGAAGGAUGUCAGUCAGGGUGAUAUGGAGCUACCUUCUGUGAGGAGUGGUUAUCAAAAAUAUAUCUUUGUUGCGAACGACUCCUCUGACAAUUAUCCGGUCUGCAAGUCAGUUUAUGACGACUUUUUUAAUUGGACUUGGACUUACAAACUGGACUCAACGAUACCGUAUCAGAAUUUCGCCGUCAAAAACCUUAACGACGAACACUUGGGCACAUAUUUUCCCUUAAAGACAAAGGCUAUGGAACUUGACCGUUUGUCCAAGUCUCGAUAUCACUCCAAAUCCAAGGCAGCGGCCAUCUUUUUAGACAAAUGUGACAGCCGCAGUGAGCGGGAAAAAUUUAUACUCGAACUGCAAAAAGAAUUGGCAAAAUAUAAAUUAAGUAUAGACGUAUUUGGGAAAUGUGGAAAGGAAUGCAAACGGAAAUCGAUGGCGCCAUGUUUUUGGAAGUUGAGAAAGAAUUACUUCUUCUAUCUCGCUUUGGAAGACUCGAUAGCGGAGGAUUAUAUCACUGAACAAAUAUUGUAUGGAUACAAGUAUAAUGCUGUUCCGAUUGUCUAUGGUGGCGCAAAUUAUCCCAACUUCCUUCCACAGAACUCGUACAUAAAUGCAAUGGAGAUGGACGUAGAAUACUUAGCCAAGACCAUGAACAGUUUGAUACAGAACCGUAGCGGUUAUUACGAGUACUUCGAGUGGAAGAACCACUACGUUAUCACAGACUAUACCGGUUUGGAUCCGUGCAAUCUUUGCAGAAACCUGAAUCAUGAUCCCUGGAUUACUUUGAAGGUGUCUUUCUAUAUGUUCAGAGCUUGGUGGAAUCCAGAUUAUAGAAAGAGAUGUGACACCGCAAUUUGUUUUGUAAAGGUUGGUAUGAACCCGCAUGCGGCGUGCGAGCUGGCCGAAAACACGCCGUUCCAAGUUUAA